AUGAACUUGCCCCUAGAAUCUGGAUUUGAAGCAAUCCGUACCUUCAAAGUUCCUAAAGGAAGACCUGGCAAGGCUGCUCCAUUCAGAUACCCAUCAGGUUCUUUAAUGGACUCUGACUUCCUCAUGGGUGUCUCCAAUUUCCCACCAUCAUUAGCGAAGCUUACAGAUUUUUCGACAGCUAUACCCUCCACCUUUCUCCUGUUUUUUGCCAUAGAUGGUCCAACUAUACGUGUUGAGGAGCUUGAUUUGGUUACAAAAAUGGAUCUUCAUGUUAAGGAUGAAAGGUACAGUGAUGUAGGUUAG